GGCGACCUGGGAAGCGGAAUCCCUGCCGUGGCCCAGAGAUUGACCCUCUCCGACCCCCUCCCUGUCGCUGCCACAAAUCGGGCUCCCAGAAGUCACUCUGGGCUCGCAACUUCCAGAAGCGCCUCACAGCUUGUUGCCGGAUGUCUGGAGAAAAGUUAUGGUGAGUGGAGAGUGGGAUAGCGAUCCGCAGGCUCCGACACACAGGGCGUCCACGGACCCGCUCAAGGAACGCCUUUGCACCUCAUGCCGAGGCCGGGGGGCCGGGGACCCGCGGGGAGGCUGGGAAUUGUACUGACCGGGCCGAGUCAGGGGGGUGGGGGGUGGCGGCCAGCAGCGCGGACUUGGAGCCAUGGCCGGCGGGUGGACGAGGCCCCUCCCUCAGGCCCAGCGGUGCCUCAGCCUCCCUGGUGUCCAUCGAGGAAUUGGAGAACCCGAAGUUCGUCGGCGAAGGCGGGUUCGGCGCAGUGUUCCGAGCGCAACACAGGACCUGGGGUCACGACGUGGCAGUCAAGAUCGUGAGCACUGUAGGGAAGCGAUAUCCAGGGAGGUGACGGCCAUGGCAGGUUUGCGUAGCCAGCACGUGCUGGUCCUGAUGGGGGUCGUGGAGAAGCUGGAGUGGGAAUACCUGUCGGGGCCGGCUCUGGUGACUGAAUUCAUGGAAAACGGUUCCCUGGAGGGGCUGCUGCAGCCCGGGUGCCCUCGGCCCUGGCCAUUCCUCUGCCGCCUGCUGCGGGAGUUGGUGCUGGGGAUGUGUUACCUACACAGCCAGAACCCUGUACUUCUGCACCGGGACCUCAAGCCCUCCAACGUCCUGCUGGAUUCAGACCUGCAUGCCAAGCUGGCAGAUUUUGGCUUGUCCACGUUUCAGGGGGGCUCACAGUCCGUGGUAGGAUCUGGGGAGUCAGGAGGCACUCCAGCCUACUUGGCCCCAGAACUUCUGGCUAAUGUAAACCAGAAGGGCUCCAUGGCCAGUGAUGUCUAUAGCUUUGGGAUCCUAAUGUGGUCAGUGCUAGCUGGAAGAGAAGCUAAGAUAGUGGCCCAGACAUCACUGGCACAGGAAGCAGUGUGUGAGAGGCAGACCCGGCCCCCAUUGACUGAGCUGCCCCAGCCUGGGCCUGAAACUCCUGCUUUGGAAGGACUGAUUGAGUUAAUGCAGCUCUGCUGGAGCCAUGAGCCCAAGGACAGGCCCUCCUUCCAAGAGUGCCGACUAAACACCAACGAAGCCUUCCAUCUGGUAAAGGAGGAGGCAGAUGCUGCAGUCACCUUGGUAAAGAACUUCCUGUCUAAGCACAGAGGCACCAACAGGACAUUAUCUGCCCUAGAGCCCAGCCCAGGAGAGAUAGAAACAGAUAGUCCCAUUGCAACCACAGGAAGCCAUGAUUCCAUGGUCUCUGGGAUGAACAACCUAAAUCUGAAAGAACUCCCCAACUCUGUUCCUGAAAAAUGUGCAAACCUUCCUGAGAGGAUCAGAGCACACAGAGAAAAGGUAAAGCAGGCCCAGAAAGCAGGGACACCUUCAGAAUCAACACUCCGACCUCCCCAAACUCCAGAGACCUCACCUUUCAGAAACCAGAAGGCUGGCCCCAACUCAGCUUGGUUCCCAGGUCCUAGACCCCAAAGGAAUCAGGGGACUGAGAGGUGUGGCACCACCAGGCCUCCCAGGGCGCUGGGGCCAAACCCGAUGCCAGCUUCUGCCGACCCAGUUCUGAAGCAGCAGCCUGAAGAACAAGGCCAAAAGCCGUCCUUGACACAGGCACUGGCAGGCCCGGAGACAGGACCUCCAUCUCUUAUGAUACAUGACAGCCAAGGGGUGCAGAUUGGAAACAGCAACUACUUGGUUAUACAGGGCCUGACACCAUGGGGCAUGGAUUGGAAUCAGCAGCAUCAUGCACCCCAAUGAGUAGGAUUGGAAGAAGGGCUCCAUGAGCCUGAAGCCUGGAGUGGGCCGAAAGGCUGGUAUAAUAGUAAUAAAAAUUGAAGCAGCUUCUAAGCUGUCUCC